AAAGGCAGAUCCCUGUACUGUACGGAUCCUGUAUACAGCUAGUAACCUUCCACAUUCGUUUAUGCUUACAUUUUUCAACUUGGUUAAUUUAUUAAGCAAAGUAUCAAAGUUUAACAGUUACACAUAAGAAUUUCUUAUACAAAAGGAGCAGCUAGCCUAGGUAUAAAAUGAAGCAAAAACCACCACACAGAGCAGGAGCAAGUAGGGAUGGAGGACUUAGAGAUAGAGCACGCAGAUAUGGCGUACUGGAGAACGGAAGAUGUUCUUAAAGAAGAGGGAGUGGGCGAGAGUGCAAGUGAAAUUGAAGUACUGAAACUUCCUUAUGAUCUAGCCAUGGAGAAUGACUGGGAAGGCAUGAAGAGAUACUACGUGGACAAUCCACGAAAACUGAAUUCUCCAAUGACAGUGGACGAAGACACUGCAUUGCACAUUGUAGCUUCCUGCUGCACGAGCAAAUCACAGGGCAAACAAGUCCUUGAAUUCUUGAUUAAUUUACUGCCACCAAGCUAUGAUGAAAGAUGCAAGGCCGUGAGGGUUCCAAAUAAACUCGGCAACAACGUUCUUCACGAGGUGGCGAUGUCCGGCAGUCUGGAGGCAGCAACUUUCUUAGUGAGCAACUUCAACAAACCUGCAGGAAAAACUAGUAACGAGGAGAAUUCUACACUGCCUCUGCUAGAUAUUCGGAACGAGUUAGGAGAAUCGCCAUUGUACAGGGCUGCUGCUCUUGGUCACCCUGACCUGGUCCAGUUUUUUGCUGAAAAACUGGAGGAGAAUCCGGAGAAUCUUCGGAGGCACUUCCACCGAAAUGAUAGAAUGUCCAUUCUUCAUAUCGCAGUCAUUGGCCAACAAUUUAGGACUGCUCUUUGGUUGCAGAGGAAGUACCCAUUUCUUGCAACUAAGAGGGAAGGUAAAGGAUUGACAAGCCUUCAAUUGCUAGCCCAAAUGCCAACUGCCUUCACACCACAAUUUCAACAAAGCAGAUGGAAGAUGCUCAUAUAUUAUUGCCUUCCUGCUCGAGACCUGGAGGUCACAACAAAUCCCAAGGAUGAUGUGGAGAGCAGCUUGGGCAGCAACCAAGACCCCCAAGCCAUCUCUUGGAAGAAGCCUGAAGGUAUUCUGAAGGUGUACACUACCCUGUGGGACUUCCUUGCUAAAGAAAUGGACAUAAUCGAAAAGAUCUGGAGGGAUAAGAGAAUUAAACAUGCUCUUAAAAACCUCAUCCCUUUGCUCGUCGAGAAAGACUAUUCAUGGCAGAAUUCUAAAGAAGCAAAAGGCAAGACGAUUUCUCUGGGGUCAGUGGAAAAUCUUUGUAAGGGUGAUAAUGAUGGAGGAGAUCAACAAGGAAAGGAUUCCGCAGAACCAACCAAUUCUAAGAAGCAGAGCAUUUAUAAGUAUAACCCAUUGCUUAUAGCAACUAUCACUGGAAUUGUGCCUAUUGUUGCAGAGAUACUUAGGCAGCAUCCUCAAGCAGCUGAGCACGUUAGCCAUAGUGAACAGAACAUUUUGCAUCUGGCCAUUAAGCACCGUCAAAGAGAGAUCCUUGAGCUUCUAAAAAGGAAGCCAAUAACCAUCUCAAGGUUGAAUGAGAUGAUUGACAGUGAUGGCAACACCAUAUUGCACCAAGCUGCAGAUAGGAGCUACUACUCUGUAGCAAUUUCUGAGAAAUUAAUUGGCCCAGCCAUGCAAUUGCAAGCAGAGUUGCGUUGGAUGAUGGGUGUGAAGAACAUAUUACCACCUCAUUACAUCAUGCACCACAACAACAAGGAUCAGACAGCGGAGGAGCUGUUCAAUGAUGAGCAUAAUGAGCUUCUGAAGUCGGCACAAGAAUGGAUAAAAGACACAGCACAGUCGUGCUCAACUGUGGCUGUGCUGGUGGCCACCGUUGUCUUUGCAGCCGCCUAUGCCAUGCCUGGGGGUAACGAACCAAAUGGCCUUCCUGUUUUCCAUGAUUCACCUCUCUUCUGGCUCUUCACCUGCAUGGACGUCGUGGCCAUCGCCUGCUCAUUGUCUUCGGUAGCCUUUUUCCUCUCCAUCCUCUCCUCUCCCCUUGAGUACCCAUUUUUCUGUCACGGUCUUCCCCGCAAGCUCAUGAUCGGGUUCACCUUGCUCUUCUUGUCCAUGGCAACCACCAUGCUCGCCUUUGCUGCUACUAUUUUGCUUGUGAUUCGUAUCGAGAAGAAAUGGACUAAGUCUCUGCUUUACUGUAUUGCGUUUUUUCCGGUCCCUCUAUUUGGCUUGCUGCAAUUUCCUAUGUAUCAGAAAGUAACCAAGAUUUUCCUCCCCUUCUUCAUUCCCUUUCUCGGCUUUUCGAAGAGGAGAUCAAUAUGUGGUAAGAGCAAGGCGAACUGAAUUACAAAGCUAGCAUGAAACAGUAUAUGAUUUGUACAAUUUUAAUGUGUCUUCAAUCUUCAUUCCCAAUUAAUAUGGACAAUUAGAAGAAUAUUGAAGUGGCUUGUCAUUACUUGUAUGCUAAUAAAGAUUCAGUAUCAUGCUUCUGUU